CAUUUACGAUUAUGUGAGGUUCUUUUGUUUCGAAGUAUGCUUUUUUUUUACUUGUGUUCAACAUUUGUUUUACUGUCUGCUUUCGUUGUACUGAAGAGGGUGAAACUUAAACGUAAGGUGACGAUGGGUAGCUGGUUAAGUUACUUGUGGUGGGGUGGAGAUCCAGACGUAGUGAACCCCCAUUCUGGACUCACGAGACGUGAGAUUUAUGCAGUUCAGCAGUCAUGGGCUCCAGUAUACGCCAACUCUGUUGCAAAUGGAACAGAGCUGUUAAAAAGGUUUUUCCGAUCUUAUCCGGAAACCAAAGAGUUCUUCAAAAUGAUAAAGAAAUCGUCUGAAGAAGAUUACGCCCAGAAUCCUCAGUUUAAAGCGCACGUGAUCAAUUUAAUGAGUUCCAUCAAUUUAGCGGUGAACAACCUCCACCAGCCUGAAGUCGUUGCCGCCAUGAUGAAUAAAUUAGGAGAGUCGCACGGGAGACGAAAAAUACAAGAAGAACAUUUUUACUACUUAAAGGAUGUCAUUGUCAAAAUGUUCAUUGAAGUUUUAAAAUUGGAGGGAGCAACGUUAGCCGCUUGGGGCAAAACUGUGGACUUUUGGUACAAGCAUAUCUUCGAAUCACUGAACAACGCAGACACAAGAUAA